GUAAUCCAACUGGACGGUGAAAAAUCUUCUCCAUCGGUCGCAGUUCUCCACGAACGGCAAUGCAAUCGAUAAGUAAUUGUGGAGAUAAUUAUCAAUAAGUGGAUGGCCCGUAGCUGGGAAGAAGCAUAAAGCGAAGAAAGCGGCGGCAUCCCGUUUACGCAAUAAUAAAACAAGUGUUCUCAACUAUCCGUAGUGUUUCGAUCGAAGGCUGCUGUGUAUUUUUUGUACGUGAGUGUGCUCGUGUGUGCGUGGGCAAAGUUUUUGUCAAAAAGGAGUCGAUGAUAAAGUCCUGGAAAUAGGCAUUCCAACAAAACGGGCAAGAAUUUCAAGUGUCUGUAGCGGUGGGUUUUUCUUCUUUUAUUUUAAAGUGCGUGUUACGUAUCGCGCGAGGUCCGUCGAAAAAGGGCUCCGGUAGGCAGGUGAUGAAGCGUUUCUCACGCGAAUAAAUGUGUGCGCGUACGAGGGAGUAGAAGCAGGAAAAGCAGGCCCAGACCACCGCAAACACAGCACUGACCAAGAGCAGGCGAAAGGCGCCUUCAAGAGGAAGGCACUCUCGCGGUGAAGCACGAAGACGACGAAGACGACGACGACGAGUGGGCAAAGAUGGACGAACGGUUGUUGAACGAUCUGCUGGAAUGCUCCGUGUGCCUGGAACGGCUGGAUUCCUCGUCGAAAGUGCUGCCCUGCCAGCAUACUUUCUGCCGAAAAUGUUUGGAGGAAAUCGUUGCGAGCCAUCAGGAACUACGCUGCCCGGAAUGUCGCGUCCUGGUGGAGGUGCGAAUAGACGAGCUACCUCCAAACGUGCUGCUGAUGCGUAUUCUAGAAGGCAUGAAGACGGCGGAAUUGAAUAGUCAAAAUACCAACCACCAACCCUCCCCCGGCAAUAAUGGCAAACCCACGUGCAAUCGUAAUCAAUCACAGGGCGCCGCUCCGAACGCGGGCGGUGGCUAUCACCACCACCACCAGCACCAGCAGCACCUCCAUCAUCAGCAACAUCCAUCAUCGGGUGGGGCUAAAAUGGGCAAAUCGAUGGCCCACGGUGGAACUGGUGGCAGCGAACAGGGACCACAUCAGCAGCAGCAGCAUCAGCACCACCAUCAGCCGUUGUCGCGAAUUAUUGCCUCGAAUGCCGUCACAAUCAGUUCCGCGACGACGACGACGACCACGGCAGCAUCCAACGCGGCCCUAGACUUGUCCAAAAUCCCACACGCGAAGGCGUUCUACGAUUUUUCAUCCAGCGAAACCAGUGAUAUUAGCUUCCGCAAGGGUGACAUUAUUCUGCUGAAGAAGAAAAUCGACCACAACUGGUGCGUGGGCGAGGUGAACGGGAAGGAGGGUGCGGUGCCACUGAACCACAUCAAGGUGAUCGUACCGCUGCCGUUCCCGCAGUGCAAGGCACUGUACGACUUCCGGAUGGGCCCGUCCGAGGAGGAGGGCUGCCUGACGUUCAAAAAGGGUGCCCUCAUCCACGUUCUGCGGCGCGUCGACCAGAAUUGGGCCGAGGGCCGGAUAGCGGAGAAGAUCGGCAUCUUUCCGAUUUCGUUCGUCGAGAUGAACGGUCUCGCCAAGCAUCUGAUGGACAGCUCACUGAAACACCUGAUGGGAAACAAUUCCAAUAGGACCGUUCCGCCGACUCCAUUCGACCUACAUGCUAGUGCCACCAGCAGCAGCGAUACGAGCUCGAGCGUCACUACGAGCCCCAACUCGUCGACCAGCACGACGAGCUCGAAUUCCAGCACGGCUCCGAGCAGUCCGACAGCUCACUUCCUGCAGUCGCAACCUUCCGGCGCGACGACCGUGGCCCCUACCGCCAGCAAGCCACAAUCGAAGCAGCAGCACCAUCGUUCCGAUCCAGCCAAUCGGGAGAAACGACAUUCACUAACGACGGCCACCUUCGGUAUGCCGAACAGUGGCGCGGGUUCGGCUGGAUCAGCGUCGACCAGCGUUGCCGGGAGCGGCGCGUUGCAACCGAACCAACCGGUGGCGCAUCGGCAUUCGACGGAAAUGUUAAACAGUGACACGGAGACGGCGCGUCAUCCGGUUCCGAUGGCGAUGGCAGAUAGUCCGGGUUCAUCGUCGGGCAACGCCGCCGCGGCCUCCUAUCAGAAGUGUAACCUGACGAAAGCUAGUCAAAUGUACCAGGCCCAUCCGCAGCUACCGACCACCUACGUCGCCCUAUACCCGUACAAACCGCAGAAACCGGACGAGCUGGAGCUGAAGAAAGGAUCAAUCUAUUAUGUCACGGAACGUUGUCAGGACGGCUGGUUUAAGGGCACCAAUUGGCAGAAGAAAUCCGGUGUAUUCCCUGGAAACUAUGUGCAAAUCUACAAGGGCCGUGAAGGUGCUGCGUCCGGUGGCCGUAAUGCGAAUGCAAAUUCUUCCGGGAAGCUUAACAACGUUUCCAGUCCGCACUCCGGAUCCUCGGCAGCGAACGGUGGUGGCGGCGGUUCCGCUGGUGCCAUGAACAAUUCCCCGAACGGAGGUUCGUCUUCCCCGCUUCAGCUGCCGCUGCAACUGCCCGAGCUUCCGCCACGAAACACUAACCAGCAGCAGCAGCAACAACAGCAACAACAGGGUAUGAAGUACAUCGAGUCCAUCUUUGGCCGGCAAAGUUCGCUCGACGUCGGUGGUGGUGGUUCCCCGAGCAAUGAUACGCCGCAACACACCACGACGGGAUCGGAUGCGGCGACCACGACGCCACCUUCAUCGGCGGCCGCGACGGGAAAGGUGAAAAAGGACUCGUCUGCGGUCAGUCUGAUGAAGCGGUUGACGAACAUGAAACGCUCGAAAUCACCAACCGGUUGCUCCGGUGGCACGGCCAAUCCGGCCUACACAAGCGAUGGUUCGUUGUUCGAGGAGACGGCGGGAAAUGGUGGUGGUGGAAAAUCGUCUCCCAGUGGCAGUCCAGCUAGCGGGGCAGGACCGGUAGCUAAGCCCAACUUCCAGCAGAUCGUUAAUCCGGUGCAUGUUCGUUCCGGUUCGUGUCCCAGUCAGCUGUUGCAGAAUUUACCGAUGGAUUUGAUGAUGAACGGUGGUGGUGUUGGACAUGGUCCACAUCAGCAGCAGCAGCAGCAGCAAUCGGCACAACACCACCAACAGAAUCCAGCCUUCCCUAGUGGUAUGGGACGCGGAGAAAACGCUCCCUUGAUGUACGGUUCGCAGCGCAUCAAACCCCACAAGGAACGACCAUCGAUGCAAGGUUUCAAGUACGGAGCGGACCAUAGCGUCGUCACGGCGAUGCCGAAACACAUUGCCCACGAGGCGCCCGCAUCGACUUCCUCGUCGCACAUGGCUGCCAAACAGCAGACGCAGAUCUACCACCGAAAGUCGCAGAGCCUCGACGCGUCCGCCAUCAUCUCCCAGCUCGGCCCGUCUCAGCACCCCAAUGCACAGUCGGCCAGUAAUGGCACCCCCUCGAAAUCAUCUUCUUCCAAGUCGUCUCAUUCGCAAUCGGUUCGAGAAAGGUUUAAAUGCAUUGUCCCUUACCCGCCCAACAGCGAGUACGAGCUUGAGCUGCGGGUGGGUGACAUCGUCAUGGUGCACAAGAAACGCGACAACGGUUGGUACAAAGGGACGCACGCACGCUCCGGCAAAACUGGACUCUUCCCGGCGUCCUUUGUCGAACCGGUGGACACAUGACAUCGUUUCCAGUAACGCCGCACCCCGCUGAUGAUGGGCGGUACCGCCGGUUUUCUGGCAUUCAAUCGCGCCCCCGCAAAAAGGAAGGAACAACGUGCUGCUGUGCACAACAGUUGAUACCAUUUGUACCUUGGAAUGUUGAUGUGAAUGGUUCCAGUGACCUGAUGGGAUUUCUUAAAAAAAACUCGGUUAGGACCUGCAGCAGGUCUAGGUCUAUAACCUCAGAAAACGUAGUGUUUCGGUCCCAGUUUACUUCUAUUGGUUCGGUAAAUCAGCUAUGUCUUGAUCCUGAGUUAGCAAUUGAAUGGAAAGAUGAUAGUUUUAUGUUUCCUAUUUUCUUCAUUUCAAACUUCGUAAUAGUGAUCACAUGCGAAGUAACUUAAACAUCGUGUUUUGUGAACACGCCGUGGGCUGUGCCAACGUCGCUUCACGAAUCUCUCUGCCGCGAAACUUUUGUUUUCCUGCGUGGCUUUCGUUACAGUCGAUAGCAAUACACAAAAAAAACGAUAUGAGCUUAUCUUAAUCGCUACGUCGAACUGGGUCUACAAGCAUAAAACGCAAACGAUUUUGUUUUAGCCCCUCAACUCAACAUAUGGAUACUCUUCCCAUUGGAAAACCUACACAAAGUCUGCUCUUUACUUGAUGGUGCCUAUAUAUAUUAUUUCUUAAUUCCUUCGUAUCUGCAAUGUUUUAUAAUGAUAUUUACUUUGUAAGGGUUCGUUUUCAUUUCCAAUUCUUAUUUUGCUUCGUGCUUUGUAUUCUUUUCGAAUGAAUUAGGAACGUUGUUGGUGCCGAUUUGCAUUUAAUAAAGCACAUUCGCCAUAUCUGUAGAAAUAGUAACUUCCUAUAGCAGUGGCACGUUUGAAUGCAGCGGAAAAAAACACUUCCCAGCGCGCAAUGCCCGCUGUUGCCCUUUUAUCUCAAAGUUUGUUUUAAUUAUAGUAUUGUUUUAAAUCGGAAAUAGGAUUUUAAUCUAUAAAAUAGAUUACUCCUUGCAAUAAGCACAAACCUAUAUAGAGAGCGUAAACAAAGCAAGCGAUGUUAGAACCACACAAUUAUCCACAAGAGAAAAAAAAACACCUGCUCCAACUACCUAGCCACUGCUAAUUACCUUCUUCUAGUGCUACUACUUGUUCGUUAACUGUGAAAGUGUGAU